GUUUAGGAAUUUUGCUUUCGCCAAUCCCCACUCUUUCCCUAAAUUAAAAUCACCUAUUCUGCGCCUCCCUGCUCCCUGUUGCUAACAAUGGCGGUCGGCGGCUGCGUUCUCUCCUCUGACGACCUCGUUAUCAAGUCCCCGACAGACCGCCGUCUCUACAGAUAUAUACAGCUCACCAAUGGCAUCUGCGCUUUGUUGGUUCACGAUCCCGAGAUUUACUCCGACGAGCCGUUCGGAGGCCGAAUGGAUGGGAAGAGUGAAGAUGAAGAUGAUGAUGAGGAUGAUGAUGAUGAGGAGGAGGAGGAUGGAGAAGAGGAGGACGAAGAAGACAGCGGUGACGAGGAAGAUGAUGAGGAGGAAGAAGAAAAAGAACCAAAAGGAGCAGCGGAGAAAAAGGCUGCCGCUGCAAUGUGUGUGGGCAUGGGAAGUUUUGCGGAUCCUUAUGAAGCACAGGGACUAGCUCACUUCCUAGAGCACAUGCUUUUCAUGGGCAGUACUGAUUUCCCUGAUGAAAAUGAGUAUGAUAGUUACUUAUCUAAGCACGGAGGUUCAUCAAAUGCUUAUACAGAAACUGAGCAUACCUGCUACCACUUUGAGGUAAAAAGGGAGUUUCUUAAAGGUGCUUUGACGAGAUUUGCUCAAUUCUUCAGUUCUCCUUUGAUAAAAGCCAAAGCAAUGGAACGAGAGAUAUUAGCUGUGGAUUCAGAAUUUAAUCAGGUUUUGCAAAAUGAUUUAUGUCGCCUACAACAACUGCAGUGCCAUACUGCUGCCUUUGGUCAUCCUUUGAACAGGUUCUUUUGGGGGAAUAAGAAGAGCUUGUCGGAUGCAAUGGAAAGUGGAAUCAAUUUGAGGGAUUGUAUUCUUAAAUUAUACCAUGACAAUUAUUAUGGUGGAUCAAUGAAGUUAGUUGUCAUUGGCGGUGAGAAUCUUGAAAUCCUUGAAAGUUGGGUCCUUGAUUUAUUUAGCGAUGUCAAGAAAGGCCCUUUGGCUAAGCAAGAUAUCAGAUCAGAUAUUCCAAUUUGGAAAUCUGGCAAACUUUACAGGUUAGAAGCAGUUAAAGACAUUCAUACUCUUGAUUUGUCCUGGACAUUGCCUUCACUUCAAAAAGAUUAUUUGAGAAAAGCUGAAGAUUACCUUGCACAUCUCCUUGGGCAUGAGGGCCGAGGAAGCCUGCACUAUUUCUUGAAAUCUAGAGGCUGGGCAACUUCCAUAUCUGCUGGUGUUUCUGAUGAUGGGAUGUACCGUUCUUCUAUUGCAUAUAUCUUUGGCAUGUCUAUACACCUCACAGACUCUGGCAUAGAGAGGAUUUUUGAAAUUAUUGGCUUUGUCUAUCAAUAUCUCAAACUGUUGCGCCGAGAUUCCCCGCAAGAAUGGAUAUUUAAGGAACUCCAAGAUAUUGCGAAAAUGGAGUUUAGAUUUGCUGAAGAGCAACCUCAAGAUGAUUAUGCCUCAGAACUUGCUGAGAAUAUGCAUGUUUAUCCUCCUGAGCAUGUUAUUUAUGGUGACUAUGCAUAUGAAAUCUGGGAUGGGGAGAAGAUAAACUAUUUACUGGGUUUCUUCCUGCCUGAGAAAAUGAGGAUCGAUGUAUUAAGCAAGUCAUUUGGGAAGUCAAAUGGCAAGUAUGCCAGACUCUUGUACUCCAGUAACAUAGAGCUAGUAUGCUGCUCUACAUAUUUGCAAGAAGACAAAUCCAGUUGUUUUGAACAUAUCCAGCAUGAGCCAUGGUUUGGGUCGAAAUAUCUAGAGGAAGAUGUUCCAUCUUCCCUGAUGGAAUUAUGGAAUGAUCCCCCAGAAAUUGUUUCCUCUUUACAUCUACCUGCCAAGAAUGAUUUUAUUCCACGUGACUUUUCCAUAUGGGCUGACAAGGAAUUAUACCAGGUUGCAGAUGCAUCUACUCCACGAUGCAUACUUGAUGAAAAUUAUAUAAAGUUAUGGUACAAGAUUGAUAAUACAUUCAAAUUACCCCGAGCCAACACAUAUUUCCGAAUUACACUUAAAGGAGGAGACAGAAAUGUGAGGAAUAUUGUGUUGACUGAAUUAUUUGUACGGCUUCUGAAAGAUGAGCUCAAUGAGAUUAUUUAUCAGGCGAGUGUUGCAAAACUAGAGACUUCUGUUUCUCUCACUGGAGAUAAGUUAGAGCUGAAGCUCUAUGGUUUCAACGAUAAGCUUUCAGUUCUCUUAUCUGAAGUUUUGGCAGCAGCUAAGUCAUUUUCACCAAAGGAGUGUCGUUUCAAGGAUAUUAAAGAAGAAUUGGAGAGAACCUUGAGAAAUGCCAACAUGAAGCCUCUAAGUCAUUCUUGCUAUUUAAGAUUACAAGUUCUGUGCAAGUAUUUCUGGGAUGUGGAGGAAAAGCUGUGCUUGCUGAAUGACCUAUGUCUUGCAGAUUUGAGGGCUUUCAUUCCUGAUCUUCUUUCCCAGUUGUAUAUUGAGGGCCUCUGCCAUGGAAAUAUACUGGAAGAAGAAGCACUUCAUAUAUCAGAGAUAUUCAAAAGUAAUUUAUCUGUCCAGCCCCUUCCAUCUGAGUUGAGACAUAAGGAGUUUGUCAUGUGUCUUCCUUCAAGUGCUGACCUUGUCAGAGACGAGAAAGUGAAAAAUAAGCUAGAGACAAAUUCUGUGGUAGAGCUGUACUUUCAAAUUGAACAAGAAGGAGAAAAUCCCACUAAAUUGAAGGCCCUGAUGGACCUCUUUCAUGAGAUUGUGGAAGAGCCACUUUUUAAUCAACUCAGGACGAAGGAACAGCUUGGCUAUGUUGUUGAAUGUAGCCUACGGGUAACAUACAGGAUAUUAGGAUUUUGUUUUGUGGUUCAAUCUUCUGAAUAUAGUCCUAUCUACCUACAUGGAAGGCUUGAAGACUUCAUAAAUGGAUUACAAAAAACAUUGGAAGACCUUGACCAAGAUUCCUUUGAGAACUAUAGAAACGGUUUAAUGGGGAAGCUUCUUGAGAAAGAUCCAUCUCUUUCAUACGAAACAAACCAGUAUUGGGACCAGAUAACUGAUAAAAGGUAUAUGUUUGACAUGUCCAAAAAGAAAGCUGAGGAGCUUAAAGGCAUUCAAAAGGAUGAUAUCAUCAAUUGGUACCACACUUACUUGAGGAAACCUUCGCCCAAGUGUCGAAGACUUGCUGUCCGUGUUUGGGGUUGCAACUCAGACUGGAAUGAAGCGGAUGCACAAGGCACAUCUAGGCAGGUCAUUAAAGACCUGACACAUUUCAAAAGCAAAUCUAGCUACUAUCCUGGCCUUUGUUGAGUGAGCCUGUAGUUUAUUUUGGGUAAGUUCACUUGAAACACCCUUGCACGUAACUGCUCUCCUCAUUUUUGACGUACAGAGAUUUAUUUAUGCUUUGAUUGACUAUGCAAUCUCUUGCCUUGAGAAACACAUAAGGUGGUCAACCAACUAGGCUGUUGAUUUAUUUUACUACAAUGUGCUUUUCUGCAUCACCAGUUGUUGCUAAUGAUGCCAUAUUAUAUAUCGUUCACCCACUUCCGGAACUAGAUCAAUGUCUGAUAGAUUGAAUUGGAUCUGGUCAUUGAAGCAAUUUGUUGCAGGAAAUUAGAUGCUGUGAA